AUUGGCCUAUCCUCUCUGAAAUCCACUAAAUGUAAGGCCAUGGCUUCCACAUCACUACCGUUUCAGGAGCAUCACCAACCUGAUAUCCCCGGAAAAGUAAAAGUCACCAUUUUAGCCUCGGAAUGGGGAUCAAGUAAAGGAGGACUUUCUACCUUAAACAGAGAGCUUGCCAUACAAUGGGCUAAAUUCCCAGAGGUAGAAAUCACUUUCUUUUUGCCAAGAUGCAGUGAAGGGGAAAGGAAUCAAGCUCUCACUCACAAUGUAAAGCUUCUUGAAGCAAUACCGCAUCCUGGGUAUGAAGAACUGGACUGGCUAAGCUUUCCACCAGACGAUUUGCAAAUUGAUGUAGUUGUCGGCCAUGGGAUAAAACUCGGUCAUCAGGCACAAGUUAUUAGGAAAUUUAAAAACUGUCAGUGGGUGCAAAUGGUCCACACAGACCCAGAGGAACUAGGAAUGUUUAAAACGUAUGACAAGCCAAUUUCAAAGGGCGAAGAAAAGCACAAGACGGAAGUGAAACUCUGUAAAAUGGCAGAUCUUGUUGCAGGAGUUGGACCCAAGCUGAGCGAAGCCUUCCGUUCAUAUCUCCGUGGAGAAGGUAAAACUGUCAUUGACUUUACCCCAGGAGUGUUUGAUGAGUUUGUGGGUGUAAAACAAAGUCCUAAUGAGGGAAAACAUCGAAGCGUCUUGAUAUUUGGCCGUGGUGAUGAUGAAGACUUUGAAUUAAAGGGAUUUGACAUCGCUGGAAAAGCUAUUGCUAAACUGCCCGACACUCUUCUCGUGUUUGCUGGGGCCCGAGAUGGAAAGUACGAGGAAAUUGCAAAGAAGUUGAGUGAAUGUCACGGUGUUCCCAAAAGAUCCUUGAGGGUAAGAGGCUUUGUGCAAAGCCGAGAGGAUUUGAAAUGCUUAUUCCAAGAGGUUGACCUUGUACUUAUGCCGUCAAGAACUGAGGGCUUUGGGUUGACAGGACUAGAAGCCUUGUCAGCUGGUCUCCCUGUGCUUGUCAGCAAAAACUCAGGGUUUGGGGAAGCCCUAUACAACGUGCCAUUUGGCUCAUCAUUUGUGAUAGACUCAGAGAAACCUGAUGAUUGGGCUGCAGCCAUCAAAGACGUCUUGAAUAAAGACAGGCAGAAACGCCUUGAGGAGGCUGAGAACUUGCGUACUUCUUAUGGAGGGAAAUUCAACUGGGCAAAACAGAGCGAAGAUCUUCUCGACGAGAUGAUCAGCAUGGUUCAUGGUAUGGCGUUUCAAUUNAAGCUGAGCGAAGCCUUCCGUUCAUAUCUCCGUGGAGAAGGUAAAACUGUCAUUGACUUUACCCCAGGAGUGUUUGAUGAGUUUGUGGGUGUAAAACAAAGUCCUAAUGAGGGAAAACAUCGAAGCGUCUUGAUAUUUGGCCGUGGUGAUGAUGAAGACUUUGAAUUAAAGGGAUUUGACAUCGCUGGAAAAGCUAUUGCUAAACUGCCCGACACUCUUCUCGUGUUUGCUGGGGCCCGAGAUGGAAAGUACGAGGAAAUUGCAAAGAAGUUGAGUGAAUGUCACGGUGUUCCCAAAAGAUCCUUGAGGGUAAGAGGCUUUGUGCAAAGCCGAGAGGAUUUGAAAUGCUUAUUCCAAGAGGUUGACCUUGUACUUAUGCCGUCAAGAACUGAGGGCUUUGGGUUGACAGGACUAGAAGCCUUGUCAGCUGGUCUCCCUGUGCUUGUCAGCAAAAACUCAGGGUUUGGGGAAGCCCUGUACAACGUGCCAUUUGGCUCAUCAUUUGUGAUAGACUCAGAGAAACCUGAUGAUUGGGCUGCAGCCAUCAAAGACGUCUUGAAUAAAGACAGGCAGAAACGCCUUGAGGAGGCUGAGAACUUGCGUACUUCUUAUGGAGGGAAAUUCAACUGGGCAAAACAGAGCGAAGAUCUUCUCGACGAGAUGAUCAGCAUGGUUCAUGGUAUGGCGUUUCAAUUUUGUUGCAUAUACACUUAAGCAUUUACAAAUUGAUUUAAAAGAAAAGUUGGCUUGAAGUACUGUGAAUGAGAGCCUCAAAACAAAUAUUAAAAAAAUGUUAUUCUCAACACUUACAAGUCUAAGAAUUAAACGAGAUUCUAAAAGACUCGUGAAGAACGAGGUCAUUUGUUUUGUACAAGUUUUGGGUGUCAUUGAUGGUAAAGCCAUCCUUAGCUUUGCAGGAAACUGUUGCAUUUCAUUUAAUGUAUCGUGCUUUUAUGGAGGUGUGAUAACCUAAUUGAAAAGUUAUUUCUUUACUUCUUGACCGGAAGCCAUACAAUAGUUUUUGUUGACAUUCUUUUUUCCCUUUAGGUACCUCUGAAGCUAAGACAGAUCUACAGCAACUGGUUGCAGGCGCAGAGUCUGUUUUAAAAGAAAAUGUAACACGUCUGAAACUAGACCACUGUCAAGCGGGGCAAGAAGUAAUGCCAUUGGAAGCUGGACUACAGAGGUCUCAGUCUGCAUCUCACAUCAGUCGUGGUAAUGAAAAGUGCAAUUAAUCCCUUACCGUUAUUGAAAUAUCCACUCCUCUCCAUGUGAGAAAUUCGCUGGAACAGACCCAAAGAUGAAACGCCUCAGGGUUUGUUCUCCUCGCUAAUGCUCAUUUGAAUUUAAACGUGCAAGCCCUGGCCAGUCUUCAUUACCUAGCUACUGAAGGUUACGUUGUGCAUAGCUGCAAUUUCUCGGUAAAAAAACACGGGCUUUUAGUCUCUUUAGAGUACUUUUAGAUCUUUAAAAAUUAAUACAUUCUGAACGUUGCUAUAAAAUUUGUAACUGUUCGGUCAUCCAAGGGGAGCUUGAGUGUUUUAGAAAUUACAAGGGCUUCAGUAUUAUUUUACCCAAAAUUUUAGAUGCAAUAUAACGUAUUACGAAAGUGAACUCUUUUUCUAAUUCCUCUCUCCAUCACAUUUAUGAAUCCGAAAAUUAUAGGUUUUCUUUUUUCUACAAAAAUAGCCUAACCUGGGGAGUGAAAUGCGAAAAAUCAAACUUAAGAGAAUCGUAGGGAAUUUACUAGAUACGCUUCAAAAAGUGUACAUGAAUGGAAAGGUGAUCUAGAAAAUUUUAGCCGUCCUCAACUAUAGAAAAUUCUACGCAAUGUUUGCGUCUACGCUCCGAACAGAUAUUUUACACUGAGAAAACAGUCGUUGGGUGCCCCUGAUUAUUGACCUCAUUCCACGUUAUACUGCUUAGUGAACAACAUAAUCACAAGAACUCUCCCAGCCCUACCUGUUGUGUCGUGUCUUUGCGUAGAAAAGGGGUAGACACACAUAACCACUCUCUGAAUGAUCAAAAUACACUAUCGUAUUGCAGGAGACUUCUGACAGCAAAAGUAAACUUCUCUUCGUAUGGUUUAAAAGAUAUUAAAAUGAGUUGUCGUUGUUUUUCUGCAGAGUUUGCCUACUGUGAAGCAGACAUCACAUUUUUUGCCGCGCGUCAUGAUGAAGAUACAAGACAAUGGCUGUUUAAGGAUUUUGACAAAUGGUUCAGUGAUCCUGGCGAUUCCAGAGCGUAUGUUCUCCUUGGUGACGCAGGUAUCGGAAAGAGUGUGAUGGCGGGAGCUCUGGCACAGCGGGCAAGAAACAAAGGACAUUUAGGUGCUGCUUACUUUUGCCGUUAUAACGAUGGAACUAGAAAUAAUCCCAGGUACCUUGUCGGGACUAUUGCGCGUCAGCUCUGUGACUGCAAUAGUGAAAUUUCUACCUUAGUGGGAGGGGAGGAUGGUGUAAAAAUGAUGUUAGCUGAUUCUAAGUUAGGAGUUAAGGAACUUUUUACGAAACUGUUAGAAGAGCCGUUAGGUAAGUGCGCCCCUUGCCAGCAGCGCAAAUUAGUCAUCAUUGACGCUUUGGAUGAAACAGAUUACGAGUCCAGGGAAGAUUUUCUUUAUGUUAUAAAGAAAGCUCUUCCUCGACUUCCUCAGUGGCUGUUGUUCUUUAUCACCAGUCGUCCUGAAGACACGGUACAGAGCCGAUUGGAGAAGUACAAUCCAUGCAUCCGGAUUUGCGCAGGUGGUAGCGAUGAACAAGGUUUUUAUCAGCAGCACGAACAAGACAUAAAACUUUUUUUAAAAAAGGAAAUAGAUUUCUCCUACAUUUCUUACUCUGUUGAGCAAGUCACAAAGAAGUGCAAUGGAUUGUUUUUGUAUGCUUACUACAUUGCAGAAGUUCUAAAAGAAUCCAAUUCUCACCGGGUGAAUCAGCAGACUGACCUCUUUCCCGGAGAUAUUGACGAAUUCUUUGAGGAGAAUUUCCAGCGUGUGUUUGACAAGGUGGGAGCAGACCUCUACAGGAAGGUAUUUGGCUGCAUCAUAUCCGCUCCAUCUCCCCUUCCUAUAUCGUUUGUUUCAUAUGUUCUUAACAGGGAAAAGUCAGAUCUUGAUGAGCAGGAUGCUAUCGAUGCCGUGUCUCUAUUUGUUGUGCGAACUUCUGAUGGGUUAGUGACAUUUCUUCAUAAUCUGAUUCCAGUGUGGCUAACAGACAAGAGGAAAGCUCCACGAAGGUUGUUAAUUGAUAAAAAGGUCGCAGUUGAAUAUCUCAGAAUUGUGUUUAUCGAAAUUCUUUCAACUGUUGUCGAAGAAAAACGAGCAACACUGCCGCUUAGAGAUGAGGAUUUGGAAAGAUUUGUCAUGCACUUUGCUGUUCGCUUUCUGUGUCAUCAUAUUGACCAAAAUUCACUGACAGAUGUUUUUAAUUGGUUAGUAAAUUAUCGGUUCCUAGAGAAAAGGAUUCAUAGUGGGAGAAGUGAGAUCUACCAUGUUAUUGAAGAUUUAAAGCUUGCAUCCAACUGUCUUCCCGCCGAGGAAGCACAGGAACGAAAGGUUCUUCAAGAAAUCUCCUCAGCUCUUGAAAGCUAUUUUCAUGUUCUCGUAGAAUGCCCUCACCUUUUGCGAUCAUGCUUCCGCAACACCUUAGAUGGUGUCGGCGAGAUUUUUUCGAUCCCACAAGUAUCAGCACCGUGUUUAGAGUGGAAUAUUUGUAACAUUUUGUCUGCGAAAACUCUUUCUCAAUGUAAUUGCGUCGCCACUACUUCUGAUAACAAAACUUUGGCCGGCGCAAAGGGUCGUUCCCUCUUUUUCUUUGAUGCUUCCACACUAGAAGCAUUGGGCGGACCUUUUGAAGUGAGCGGAGAUAUGAUAAAAGAAAUAAACUGUUUAGAGUUUUCACCAGACGACAAGUUUGUAUUUUUUGGACGACUUGACAAAUGGUUUUCUGUUGGACGAGGUUGUGUCGAGGACUUUCCACAGUUCUCUGAAAACCCUGGUCUUCAUGACUGGGGUCGUUUUACUUCUGAUGGGCAGCACAUAGUCGUGAAAAGGAACCAUUUUUCAGAUCUACCAGAGACAUGUCAAACGAAAAGGUGUAUAGAAGACCUACUCUCUCUUUGGGCUGUAAAGGAGAUUGACGGUGGCCCAGACAAAGAAUGGACUUGCUCUUUUCGUCAAUUACCACAGAUGGUAGCCGGGUUCAAUACCAUGGGCAUUGAAACUAAUUCCUUGCUCAGACGUCUGGGUAUAAACUUAAUGUCUUGUAAAGUCAAUGCAAUGCACGGAUCAAGUUAUCGUUCUUGUUACUUUUGUGACCAGUUAAAAGAACUAACAGAUCCAAGCAAGGAAUCCUCUCUGGCGCCUGUGCGCCAACUUGUCAUCAAACUGUACCGUUGGAUAUUCCGAUAUCAGGUUUGGAACCUAGAGACUGGAAGGCCCCUGCUACAGGAUGUAUUUAAUCAAUGUGCUCAAUUAAAUCCAUUUACCUAUUUUUGUCACGUGACCAGUGCUUUUGACAAGUGGGGGAAAGAAAUAGGUUGUGCUGGUGUUGAUCAAGUGGUGUCAGUGUGUAAUAUUGCCGUGGUUACUGCUAUUGACACUUUCUUCAGACUAAGGGUUGAUUGGUCUAAGAGGACAUACGUGCGGUUGAGUGAGAGGGAGAUGGAGUGGUUGAUAGAGUGUUUGGAGGAGUGGAUGCUGGAGAAGAAACGAAGUUGUAAGUAUUUUUUCCUAUUUCCGGUGCUGGAGUGUAGUUCAAAGUGCACAGCUAUGCGGGAGUGGGUGUUUAAGGAGACGCAUGAGGAGAUGCUAAAGCAGAAAGAUUCGGGGGAGGAGGAGAAGUUGACUGAAAUGGUAAGGAGGAGCCUAGCGAUUGUAUGGAGGUUUGACUUGCAUGGGGAGGAGAAGCGGCGGGAACUGCAUGAAAUGGUAGACAGGGGGCUGGAUGAGGUCUGGAACCUAAUGUUCGACUUGCAUGGAGAGGAGGUGUGGGAACGGAGGGAAAUGGUAAGGAAGAGGCUGAACGAGGUCUGGGAGCUUAUGAAGGUCUUGUAUGGGGCAGAGAGGAUUCUAGAGGAGGACUUGAAGCUUAAGAAAGACUUGCAUGGGGUGGAGGAGUGGGAACGGAGUGAAAUGGUAGAGAGGAGGCUGGAGGAGGUCUGGGAGCUUAUAAAGGUCUUGUAUGGGGCAGAGAGGAGGCUAGAGGAGGACUGGAAGCUUAAGGACGACUUGCAUGGGGAGGAGGUGUGGGAACGGAGUGAAAUGGUAAAGAAGAAGCUGACUGAGGUCUGGGAGCUUAUGAAGGUCUUGUAUGGGGCAGAGAGGAUUCUAGAGGAGGAUAGGAAGCUUAAGGACGCCUUGCGUGGGGUGGAGGAGUGGGAACGGAGUGAAAUGGUAGAGAGGAGGCUGGAGGAGGUCUGGAAGCUUAUGGAGGACUUACAUGGGGAGGUGGAGUGGGAACAGAUGUCAAAGGAGAGUCUGUGGGAGGUCUGGGUGCAUUUGAGGUCCUUUCAUUGUAAGAGGUCGUGGAUGCUCCGGGAAAAAGUAGAUGGGACACUGAAGAAGGGUGUAAGGCUGCUAUUGGACUGGCUACGUCCUGGCUUGUGGCAGCUAAUUUGGAAGUGGACGUUGCAGCUUGACCUUGAACUCUUCUGUGAUUCAUUCAAGCGUGAUGUUUUUCUUAACUUUCCAAAAGGUUUUCUUGAUUUUGUCGGCGAUAAUAUUUCUCAUUGUUUGUCACCCAGAAAAAUGUGGAUGGUUAGUAGCAGGGAGAUGGGAGAAAUACAUUUGCUGCGAACAGGUUUUCAAGAACAAGAUUCUUGCCAUUACACUUCUGAAAAGCAAGAAUACAGAUUCACCCAAGUAAAGUACCUGACCUUUACCUAUGAUGAUCUCUAUGUUGUGUAUUUGUCUCAUGAAAACUUACUACAUGCCUUAUCUCUCCAGACAGGUACUGUUUUCACUAGUGUGUCCGGGCGUAACUGUUGUUAUUUUACAGGAGAGAGGCGAGUUGGUUAUUUGUUCCGCAACGGAACUGAAGAGAGAACCAUCUUUUUCUCUAGUUUACUUAACCCUAGCAAUUUUUUUUCUGUCGAACCUGGACAAGAUGGAAAGUUAGGAGAGACGACUGCUGCGAUAUUCUCUUCAAGUGAUACUGUGAAGUCUAUUAGUUCGGAAUCACUGAUUACGUCGUGGCGACUGGUAGAACACAAUCUUGGCUUCUCCUUAGAAACAUUUUCCGAAUCAAGCUCGGUGGGAUCUCGCUCUCAGGUGAUCAAGAUACAGAAUUGUGUUUUCUCCACAGAUGGAAAAUUACUUGCUUUUCAGCAACACACUCAAAUAAAACAAUGCCUUGUUGAGGAGUUUGAGACGUCUCAGUGUAUAGUAUUUGAAGCAGACUUUAGUUUUACAGAUUUGUGCCUGACAUUCUCAUCAGACGGCGUCUUUCUUCUCUUUAGUAUCCAGGAUAACUUCAGUGGCCAGCAUUUCUAUGUGUGGGAUGUUCAAGGGGAAGUUUUGUCAAAAUCAUUUUCUUCGCCAUGGUCAGUGCUCUCCAUCGACAGUUUUUGCCUUUCCUCGGAUAACAGAAACCUCAUCUUGUGCGGCGGCGAGUAUGAGAUUGAGAUCUGGGAGUUCAGCUUGUAUCCGCGCCACUUACUUAAGAGAAUUUGUGUGGAGAGAUCUUUCAACCCAGUGAAAUUCAGUCAUUGCGCUGUUUCUCAAGACUCGGAGCUGUUAGUGUGUUGCCUCGCAAACGUAAUCUUUGUACACAGUCUUCACGUUGCUGAUAUCCACUCCUCUAAGCGGGUUCUCCGUGGCCAUCUUGGUAAAAUUGAGUUUUGCAAGUUUUUGAAAAGGAACCGUUAUCUCAUUUCCUAUGCUGUUGAUGGAAUGGUUUUCCUGUGGGAUAUUUCUGAGUCUAAAGCUCUUGGAUUUGCGAGAAUUGCAAAAGGGCGGGAGAAGAUCCUGUGCAUGGCUGUGUCACCUGAUGAGGACCGGGCUGUUUGUUUUAUAUCCCCUAGCAGGGUAUGCGUCUUAAAUUUCUGCAAUCUGAAGUGUGCUCUCCCCGCGGAUUUUUUUACAGCUCAAAGAAAAGGCAGAAUAAGUACAGCAGAGACAAGUCUUCUUCCGGUUGGGCAGAUUCCUUCAACAUCUAACGUUCAAGCUUCUCGGCUUGAGGAUGAUCAACAUGGAGGUUUCAGGAGUCCGGAUUUGGAAGAACAGUUCUUGUUAACGCCAGAAGAUUUACUUGAUUCUGAUGAAUCUGACGACUGUGUGGAUUAUGACGACGCUGAUUGA